CCUUUUGCAACGCCUCCACAUUAUUCUUUCAACUAUCUGGCUCCCUCACUCAAUACUGGCUUGCUUUUCUAUUUUCUUGUCUACACACCUCAACUUUCCCUUGCUGCAGUUGUUGUAGGAGGAGAAGCUGUUCUCUAUAUCUCCCCCCUCUCUCCCACAGAUCACUGCUGCCAGAGAGACAGUAGUCAGGCUGUCCUGCCUGAUCAUGUGCUAGCUCCUCCUCCUACAAUUCUUUGAUUCACUGCCAAGGAGACAAGAACUAGUCCUCGUGUUUGUUUGCCUGUUUUUCCAUUCAAAAUUUCUCUCCUCCCUUUGCCAUGCUGUGAAGCUUGUGAAUCUUGGAAGAGACGGGCUGCAACGAGGGGAGAGAAAAUUUCUCCCAAUUUUUUUCUUUGCCCACCUUCGUCAGGAUCAUCAGAUCUAUAUCCUCCUCUCCGCUAGUUGACCCCGAAGAGGUAAGGAUGAGCAGGGUCUUUUGCUAGCUCGCUAGCUAGAUGCGCCUCAGAGAAAUUUGAGAAGAAAGGAAAAUUUUGCAGCCUGUCCUUCUCUUGCUACUAUUAUAUUGUUCAUGCUUCUUGAGAUUUGAGCAAACAUCAUGCUAUUUUUACUUGGAAAUCUGUGCUUCUUGUGCCAUAUCAUCAUACAUGCACGCAUAUGCUUUCAUACAGCUAGUGGAUCAGGCUCUACAUGCAUUUGUUUUCGUUGAUUUUUUUAGCAGCCAUAUGUCAAAUCAUCCCACUGCUAUGAAUGAAUCUACAGUUUUUCUGUGUGCCUCCUUGUUGUGAAGUUGAAAGAAGAAAGAAAAGAUACAACUAUUUUCCCCAUUUCUUUUGCGUCGAGCUCGCAAAGAUCAGAUCAGAACACCUUAAGCUCCCAAACCCUAAUCUCCUUCUACCUUCCCAGAACGAUCCUCGCUCCAAGAAAACCCUAACCCUAGAACUAGCUAGCAUCGGAAGAAACGAAUAUUUUUCUGGGAAAAAUGACUAACCAUUUGACAGCUCUCUUAAAUUGGCGUAUAUACACAGGUCGCUGGCAAUGGCAUCCCCGUCGAGCACCGGCAACUCCGCCGUCUCCGUGGUGGUCGCAGCACCGACGACACCGGGGGCCGGGGCGCCGUGCGCUGCGUGCAAGUUCCUGCGGCGCAAGUGCCUCCCUGGUUGCGUGUUCGCGCCCUACUUCCCGCCGGAGGAGCCGCAGAAGUUCGCCAACGUGCACAAGGUGUUCGGCGCCAGCAACGUGACCAAGCUGCUCAACGAGCUGCCGCCGCACCAGCGGGAAGACGCCGUUAGCUCGCUGGCCUACGAGGCGGAGGCGCGGGUCAAGGACCCCGUCUACGGCUGCGUCGGCGCCAUCUCCGUGCUCCAGCGCCAGGUCCACCGCCUCCAGAAGGAGCUCGACGCCGCGCACACCGAGCUCCUCCGCUACGCCUGUGGCGAGCUCGGUGGCAUCCCCACCGCGCUUCCCGUCGUCACGGCCAGCAUCCCCAUCGGCAGGCUCUCAUCCGCCGCAAUGCCGUGCCCCGGGCAGCUCGCCGGCGGCAUGUACAGCGGCGGAAGUGGCGGUGGCUUCCGGAGGCUCGGGCUUGUGGACGCGAUAGUGCCACAGCCACCUCUUUCCGCCGGUUGCUUCUACAAUAUGCGGAGCAGCAACAACGCUGGAGGCAGCGUCGCCGCUGAGGUGGCGCCCGUGCAGAUCCCUUACGCCUCCAUGGCGAAUUGGGCUGUGAACGCCAUUAGCACCAUCACCACCACCUCAGGAUCAGAGAGCAUUGUGAUGGAUCACAAGGAAGGAGGCGACAGCAGCAUGUGAACUGGCGCGCCCAACCAACAUGCAUGUGGAUUACCUCUCCUAUUCUCUCAAGACCGAUGGAUGCGGAGAAUGAUAUGCGCUUUGGCCGGCCUUGACGCUCAAGGAAGGAAGCUUCGGGGAGACUGAUGGGAUCGAGCUAGCUCAUUCCCAGGUUAAUUAAGCUAAGAAGCAAUCUAUCUAUGAAUCUAUCUAUAUAUAGCCAACAUGAAUUAUAUAUGUCAGUGUCUCCCUUUCUGCAUGUUGUGCAAGCCAUACUUUGGGUCGACUUUGGAGUUCUAUAUGUAAUCGAAUCGAGAUCUAGCUUGAUCUCUCUUCUUUUCAUGAUUAAUCGAUCGGUUCCGCAGGAUCCAUGCAUCA